UUCACUUUUGUCUCGCUAGAAUUUCAGUUCCUGAUCUUCAUUUCAAAUCUUCAAGAAAAUCAAGAGCCCUUGAUUUUUUUUUCAGCUCGUCUCAAAAACCCUAAUUUCAAAAUUGUCAAAUUUUCUCCCAUGACAAAGUAUCGAUCUUGGUCAAGAAAUGAUUGUUAGGACCUACGGCCGUCGGAGCAGAAGCAUGGCGACGAGGAACUUUAACGGUGGCGUCUCCGAUAAGUCGUUUUCCCAAGAAAGCCCUCCAGAUGUUUUCGAUUUCACGUUUUCUUCCCAAGGUUCGACCCGCUGGUCUUCGGACCCGUAUGGGUUCAGUGAUUCGUUGGACCCGUAUGGUUUGAAUAAUAUUACGUCGUCGUCGCAGGGGAAUGAUUUUGAGGAUGAUGAUGAGUUGAGGAUUUUGCCGGCGAGGGGUGGUGGUAGUAGGGGAAAUGCCGAAUAUGAAGGGUUUGAUGAUGGGGCUUUCCGGACCAAGAAGGUGAAGAUCGGGGAUUCGGAGACCUAUAAAUUGAAUUCGUCGCCAGAGUCGGAUGAAUUGACGAUUUUGUCCUCCAAGAAUGGGGGGAAUGAUGGGGACUUUGGUUAUAGUGAUUUGGGUUUUGGAAAAUCAAUGGAUUUGGAACCUUAUAGCUUGAAUUCGUCUCAAGAAUCUGAUGAAUUGGUAAUUUUGCCUGUGAAAAAGGGCAAGGAGAAUGGUAAAUUUGACGGGCUUCUUCAAAAACCCAAGAAAGUGAAGGAAAACGGGGUUAUGCAGAAAAAGAAGAAUAGGAAGAAGGGGAAAAAUAGGGAGGUGGGCUCAGAUUCUGUUACGGUUGGCUCUACGGCAACGUUGAUGGAGACUCAGGAGUUUGGAGAGAUGAUGGAGCAUGUGGACGAGGUGAAUUUUGCAUUGGAUGGAUUGAAGAAGGGGCAGCCCGUGAGGGUCCGAAGAGGGAGUCUUCUUUCUUUGCUGUCAAUAUGUGGAAGUUCUCAGCAGAGAAGGCUAUUGAGGGCUCAUGGGAUGGCUAAAACAAUUAUCGAUGCUGUUUUGGGGAUCAGCUUUGAUGACCCACCAAGCAAUCUUGCUGCUGCAGCUCUUUUUUACAUUUUAACAAGUGAUGGUCAAGAUGACCGUCUUCUAGAUUCGCCAAUAUGCAUUAGGUUUUUGUUGAAGUUCUUGAGGCCACUUACAUCUGAUGCUGCUAAUGUCAAAGCUCCGAGUUUUGGUAGCAAGCUUCUGGCGAUUCGCAUGGACCCUGACGUCUCGCAAAUUUCAGCUAAAGGUUCUGAAUCUUCUGCUGCAAUUAUGCAGAAGGUUCAGGAGAUUCUUGUCAGUAGCAAGGAUUUGAAUCCUAGAGAUGCAAAUGAUGACUGCAUUGAGUUGCCUGAGUUGAAUCCUAAAUGGAUAAGUCUGCUUACAAUGGAAAAAGCUUGUUUUUCUACCAUUUCUCUAGAAGAUGCUUCAGGCAGAGUGCGGAGAACUGGGGGGAAUUUCAAGGAAAAAUUACGAGAGCUUGGAGGACUUAAUGCGGUCUUUGAAGUUGCAAGGAAUUGCCAUAGUGUAAUGGAGGGUUGGUUACAGAGGAAUCGAUCUUCAGUGUUGGACUCAAAAGAUAAGGAAGGUCUUGAGAGUCUGGUGAUGCUUUUAAAAUGUUUGAAAAUCAUGGAAAAUGCCACAUUUCUCAGCAAGGAUAAUCAGAGCCAUUUGCUUGGAAUGAAAGGGAACUUUGACAGCCAGAGUGCCCCUCGGUCUUUCACAAAGCUCAUCCUUGGUGUUGUUAAAAUUCUCUCAGGCAUUGCUUUGCUUAGAAGUUCGUUGGGCUCUGAGGAAGGAAAGACUUGCAACCAUUCAAAUGAAACUAGUCAUGCUUCUGAGUUCAAAGUGGAGGACAACGGGAGUUUGUCUAUCAGUUGUUCUAGAAGGCGUACUAUGGAAGGGACCUCAUCUUUGAAAAACCUCAGUAUAUCACAUGACAGUCAAUCAUUUUCUUGUCACCCAUUGGCUUCGAAAUCCCAUUCAGGAGCUUCAACCAUGUCUGAUACCGACCCUUGGUUGAAAAUGAGGAUUGAUUCUUCCAUGUCUGGGCAAUGUAGUGGAACAUCUGGAGAUUUUACUAAUGGGACUAUAUCGAAAGGUUUUGGAGUGAGUUUUGGUAGAGGUAAUGAUCACAAGGUCUCAAACGCCACCAAGUUCGAACCUAUGGAGGACAGCCAGGACCCUUUCGCUUUUGAUGAGGAUGACUUUGAACCAUCUAAAUGGGACUUAUUAUCUGGGAGGGAAAAAGUAUCUCAAGUUCACAAUAGCAGGGCUAAGCCUUAUCAGCCUGAAAAUGAAAGUCAAUCUCUUCUAUUGUUGGGCCAAGAAGAUUCUCAUCUGGAUAAUCAACAUUCCUCUGAGGUAUCUUGUUCAUCUGGUGUUACAGAUGAAAAGUCCAACCUUCUGGCAGAUUGUCUUCUUUCAUCUGUAAAGGUCCUGAUGAACUUAACAAAUGACAACCCUAUGGGCUGUCAGCAAAUUGCAGCCUGCGGAGGACUGGAAAUUAUGUCUACAUUGAUUGCUAGCCAUUUUCCAAACUUUCGUACUUACCUUCCUUGCUCUGGCAGUUCAAGAGAAAAUGGUGUGUCAUCAAGAUCAAGUGCAGUAGUUGACCACCAAAAUGACAGACAUCUAACUGAUGAAGAGCUAGAUCUGCUAGUUGCCAUUCUGGGAUUACUAGUGAACUUGGUAGAGAAGGAUGGCCUUAAUAGAUCACGCCUUGCUGCAACUCGAGUUUCACUGCCUAAUUUGGAAGGUUUAGAAAAAGAAAGUUCUACAGACCUAAUUCCACUGCUGUGUUCAAUUUUCUUGGCCAACCAAGGGGCGGGUGAGGCUGCAGGUGAAGGAAGACAACUGUCAUGGGAUGAUGAAGAUGCUCUAUUGCAGGAAGAAAAAGAAGCUGAGAAAAUGAUUCUAGAAGCUUAUGCAGCUCUUCUUCUUGCAUUUCUUUCCACUGAAAGUAGGAGGAUACGCAGUACGAUUGCUGAAUGUCUUCCUGAUCACAACCUUGCAGUACUUGUCCCUGUGUUGGAGAGAUUUGUGGAAUUUCAUUUGUCACUGGACAUGAUCUCGCCAGAAACUCAUUCAACAGUGCUGGAAGUAAUUGAAUCUUGUAGGAUCCCUUGAGAUUCCGGAAGGUUCACAUCUGUAUAGUUUUAGUCUUCCCUCAGCUCUAGCGAUUGUAUACAUGUACUUGGAGAUCAGAUUGAUGGGCUCUUUACUUACUAGUCAUAGGCAUAGAUGUAGGCUGAGCUGACUACUUAAGCUUGUACCAUUUUUUUUUCCCCAUUCUAUUUUUGGUACAAUUUUUGUCUUCAUUUUUUUUUUCUAUGGUCCCUCCACCAUUUGUGGUGUAUACAAAAUGGAUAGACACACAGCUUUCUCCUGUUGGCUUGGCGGCUAUCUGCAGUCUCAUUCUUUGUAAUGGCU